UGGCGGUGCAACGUGUGGUAGAACAAGGCUACAAUUGCUCAAUGAGAGAGAGAGGCAUUCCACUUGGUAGAGCAGGUGUAUGUGGUGGUAUAUAUGGUGUGGCCCAUACCAAGUGCCAAAUAAGGAUAGUUGCCUGUUUCGGAUGUUUACCUUUAUUUAUUUGUUGUCGUCCCGCUGCCCGGUGCUCUCGGAUGAACUUACACAAUACAAAGGAGUAUACGCUCACUGCUGUUGAUCACCAGGAGGAUUCACAGGGCGAAGUACGACUGCGACGACACUGAGUGAUCUGGAGGCCAUGAUCAAUGCACUGUUCAUAUUCUCGCAGCGCGGAGACAUCUUGAUCUCGAGGCUGUUCAGAGACGGCAUCAAGAGGAACAUAGCGGAUGUGUUCCGUGUCCAGGUGAUCUCUAACCUUGAUCUACGCUCUCCUGUAUUGACGCUUGGAUCGACGUCGUUCCUUCACACGAAGCACAAUAACCUAUGGGUCGUUGCGGUGACCCGGUCAAAUACCGAUGCGUCGGUGAUAUUCGAGUUCCUGUUGUCGUUUACCCAGCUGCUGGAGCAGUACCUGGGCAGCCUGGACGAGGAGUCUGUGCUGGAUAACUUUUCAACGAUAUACGAUCUACUGGAUGAAGUGCUGGACUGUGGAUACCCACAGUCGAUGGACAUCAACCAUUUAAAACAGAUCAUUCCAAUAGUUACCAAUGGAAACGGUUCCUCAAAACAGAUGAUCAAACCGAUAUUGGCAAAGAGCACUUCAACCCCAGAUCUCGUCAAUUCCGAUGUGCCAUGGCGUAAGCUCGGUAUCAAAUACAGAAAGAACGAGAUAUAUCUUGACGUUUAUGAAAAGGUUAACGUUCUGAUAUCGCACGACGGUCGUAUCAUCAAAUCCUAUAUUAAUGGCCAUAUCGACAUGAAGACACAUUUAUCAGGUAUGCCCGUUUGUAAGUUUGGAUUGAACGACUCGCUAAGUUUGAACAACGAGGAAGCAGACUUCUUGACUGCCGGGAGUGUGAUACUGGAGGAUUGUAAAUUCCACCAGUGUGUUCAGCUUGACAAGUUUGAUAGUGAAAGGGUGAUCAAAUUCAUACCACCUGAUGGUGAAUUCGAGCUGAUGAGAUAUAGAACAUCCGAGAACCUGAAUUUGCCCUUCAAGUUGACACCGCUGGUUUCUGAAAUUGGGCUGGACAAGUACGAAAUAAGACUCAGUCUGAAAUCUUUAUUCCCAGAGAAACUCAUAGCCACUGGCGUCGUCGUAAAGAUACCAACAACUUCAACAACAAUAAAGGUGGAUUUUGCACAAUCAGGUGGUAAGUCCAAAUUCUCUGCUGAGGAAGGAUGUAUUCUUUGGAAGUUCUCCAAAUUCUCCGGCUUAACCGAGCACUCUCUUACGGCAACCGUCACACUCGCACAGUCGUCGUACUCGGACAGAAACAACUACUAUCAAAACUCCCUAUCGAGGGCUCCGAUCACUCUGAAUUUCGAACUGCUGAUGUUCAGCUCAUCAGGACUGGUUGUACGUUUCCUGAAAGUCCAGGAAAGAGCACAGUACAACACCAUCAAGUGGAUAAGAUACAUCGCACAAGGUGGCUCGUACGAAGUUAGAUAC